UUGCAUAAUUUUCACGGACAACAUACGUCGCUGGCAAGUAUUGCACCAGUCACAUGCAGCAGUGCUGGCGACGGUUCAGUGCGCACCCUGCGUUAUGCAUUGCAUAAUUUUCACGGACAACAUACGUCGCUGGCAAGUAUUGCACCAGUCACAUGCAGCAGUGCUGGCGACGGUUCAGUGCGCUCCCUGCGUUAUGCAUUGCAUAAUUUUCACGGACAACAUACGUCGCUGGCAAGUAUUGCACCAGUCACAUGCAGCAGUGCUGGCGACGGUUCAGUGCGCACACUGCGUUAUGCAUUGCAUAAUUUUCACGGACAACAUACGUCGCUGGCAAGUAUUGCACCAGUCACAUGCAGCAGUGCUGGCGACUGUUCAGUGCGCUCCCUGCGUUAUGAAUUGUAUAAUUUUCACGGACAACAUACGUCGCUGGUAAGUAUUGCACCAGUCACAUGCAGCAGUGCUGGCGACGGUUCAGUGCGCACCCUGCGUUAUGCAUUGCAUAAUUUUCACGGACAACAUACGUCGCUGGCAAGUAUUGCACCAGUCACAUGCAGCAGUGCUGGCGACGGUUCAGUGCGCACCCUGCGUUAUGCAUUGCAUAAUUUUCACGGACAACAUACGUCGCUGGCAAGUAUUGCACCAGUCACAUGCAGCAGUGCUGGCGACGGUUCAGUGCGCUCCCUGUGUUAUGCAUUGCAUAAUUUUCACGGACAACAUACGUCGCUGGCAAGUAUUGCACCAGUCACAUGCAGCAGUGCUGGCGACGGUUCAGUGCGCACCCUGCGUUAUGCAUUGCAUAAUUUUCACGGACAACAUACGUCGCUGGCAAGUAUUGCACCAGUCACAUGCAGCAGUGCUGGCGACGGUUCAGUGCGCUCCCUGCGUUAUGCAUUGUAUAAUUUUCACGGACAACAUACGUCGCUGGCAAGUAUUGCACCAGUCACAUGCAGCAGUGCUGGCGACGGUUCAGUGCGCACCCUGCGUUAUGCAUUGCAUAAUUUUCACGGACAACAUACGUCGUUGGCAAGUAUUGUACCAGUCAUAUGCAGCAGUGCUGGCGACGGUUCAAUGCGCACCCUCCGUUAUGCAUUGCAUAACUUUUAUCAAAGGUUAAAAAAACUUAGUGACCAUAUAAUGAAAACAAUUUAA